GCUCAUUAGUGUGGGCGAGCAGAGAGGAGGAGGGAAGCGCAAAAGACAGAAGUGUUGAAGACCAAAACUCACGCUGAGCUCCGGAUGAGUUUGGGCUUUUCCUGUUCCUGGAGCUGCCUUGUUUUAUUCGGCGCGUCUCUGGGAUAAAGAAGCUGUAGUAGAAACAGGGAGAAAAUCCCUGUGUAAAGUGCCAAUGUCUCUCUGCUGACGGAUGAUGUUAAACACUGCACUGGAGCAUCAUCAGCCGGACUAAUAGUAUCCUGUUGGUCAUUUCUUUUUUUUCUCCUGCUGCGGAAACGUCAUCGCUUUCGUUCUAAAACUCUUCCGUGAUUUUUAUCAGCCGGUUAUUGUUCCUUUUUCUCACCCGGACAUAUGCGUAUAGAUUCUCGCCUCUUACAGCUUUGACUCGUUCCUUGUUAGUGGAUGCACCGAUGAGAGAUCCGGUUUUCACGGGGACCGGCGCUAUGGCUUAUCACCCGUUCCACGCGCACCGGCCCGCCGACUUCCCCGUGUCGGCGUUCCUUGCCGCGGCGCAACCCACCUCCUUUUUCCCGAGCCUCGGGCUUCUUCCCAAGCCGCUGGCUGAACACGCUCUGUCCGGAGCCGCGGAGGCGGGCCUACACGCAGCGCUGCACGGUCACCAUCAUCACCACUCUCACCCGCAGCAGCAGCAGGCGGCCGCCGCCGCGCACCUCCGUGCACUAAAGAGCCUCGAGCCAGAGGAGGAGGUGGAGGACGACCCCAAAGUAACGCUCGAGGCCAAAGAACUCUGGGAUCAGUUUCAUAAAAUCGGCACCGAAAUGGUCAUCACCAAGUCGGGAAGGAGAAUGUUUCCUCCGUAUAAAGUGCGUGUGAACGGACUGGACAAAAAGGCCAAGUACAUCCUGCUGAUGGACAUUGUGGCGGCGGACGACUGUCGGUACAAAUUUCACAAUUCUCGCUGGAUGGUUGCGGGAAAAGCGGAUCCGGAGAUGCCCAAGCGCAUGUACAUACACCCGGACAGCCCCGCCACAGGGGAGCAGUGGAUGGCCAAACCGGUCACCUUCCACAAGCUCAAACUCACCAACAACAUUUCCGACAAACACGGAUUCACUAUCCUAAACUCGAUGCACAAAUACCAACCCAGGUUUCAUAUUGUCCGGGCCAACGACAUAUUGAAGCUGCCCUACAGUACGUUCAGGACGUAUGUGUUUCCAGAAACAGAUUUCAUAGCCGUCACUGCCUAUCAAAAUGAUAAGAUUACACAGCUCAAAAUCGACAACAACCCUUUCGCCAAAGGAUUCAGAGACACGGGCAAUGGCAGGAGAGAAAAAAGGAAGCAGUUGAGUCUGCCUGCUCUGCGUGUCUAUGAUGAGGCGUGUGCUAAAGGAGACGGAGCGGAUUCUGAUGCUUCAUCCUGCGAUCCGCCGAGUACCAGAGAGCCGCUUCACUCUCCUCUAGGAUCCGCAUCAAGCCCGCUAAAAUUCAGCAGGUCCAGUCGAGAUGAGAAAAACUCCACUGAGUGUGAUCAAGAGUUGGAGCACCAGGAGGAAAUGUCGGUAGGAAUGAAUAGUCCUGGAGCACAAGCAGCAUCUCCCUUUAAGUCAAGUAUUGAGGAAAGGAUCAAAGAAAGACCUGACAUUGACAAAAAAGAGGAAUAUGCAGACUCAAGUAGAGAAAGCGACUCUGCUUUCAGCAUUAGAAACUCAGAGAAAGACAAGUCAGGUAGAGGAAACCCAAAAGAAUCAGAAUCAACCAGGAAGGAGGGCAAGGAACACUUUACACCACUUCUGAUCCAAACGGAGGGCCCGUCAUCCUUCAGUGCCAAUCACCUCCAGGGCCUGGCACUGUCUGGCCUGCACAGUCAGCCUUUAUUUAACCCACUGAGUGCAGCAGGGCACCCGUUGCUGUUUCACCCGAGUCAGUUCGCCAUGGCACCUGGGGCCUUCUCAACUAUAGGCAUGGGGCAUUUGUUGGCAUCAAUGUCAGGAGCAAGUGCCCUAGAGAAUGGGGGCCUGUCACCCCAGGGCACUGGUACUCCAGGAUCCUUCCCAUUCCACCUCUCGCAGCACUUGCUAGCAUCUCAGGGAAUCUCUAUGCCACCCUUCGGCAGUUUCCUCCCGUAUCCAUACACGUACAUGGCGGCGGCUGCGGCUGCAGCGGCUUCAUCUCUCCCCGCCGGCGGUGUGGCUUCAUGUCUCAGCCGCAGCACUUUAAUGAGCGGCUCGCGGUCCAGACUACGUUUCAACCCCUACCAGAUCCCACCGAGCUCCAGCUUGCUCAGCGCCGGACUCCCUGGUGCGGAUCACGCAGACUCCUGCUCGGGUUCCUCCUCCAAACCAGGCAGCAGGGAGAGCAGUCCCGCACCGGGGCCGCACGGAUCCCCGCACACACCCUCCAAAGAGGCCGUGAACGAACUGCAGAACAUACAAAGGCUCGUGAGUGGACUGGAGAAACAGCGGGAUGAGUCACCGGGCCGAGACUCUCCGAAAUGACCACAUAUACGCCAUGUUAAAGUCUUUGGAUGCAAAAAAAAUGCAUGAAUUUGCAUCAAAUAUCAAAAUUGCAUUUGGUUUGAAAAAAAAAAUCGUGCAAACAGGAAAAAAAAAUGAACGCACUUUGGGGUCACUGUAUCCCAGAAAGAUGCGGAUAAAACUUUUGACUGAAGGCAAAUGAUUCAAGUCCUAAAUCAUGGUCAUGGGGAUUGAACAUUGAACUGACCCUAAACCAACUGGACUUGGCUGAAAACACAAUCCACAUCAAUGGAUGAUCGAAUUCUAGUGUACUUGUAUCUGGGACUUUUUUUUUCUUUGAAUUAUUUAUAUGUAAUAUUCAGAAGAUCAAAAUAACUAUGUAAAUAAGCGGAAUGGAUUGAAGAUGAUGAGUUUUAAUUUAUUCAGAUUGUACAUUGGUGUGUAAAUACUAUCUAGGUUGCAAUUUGUUACAUUUCUAUGUGCCCCAAUUACCUGAGUGUAUAGAAAUAUUAUCACUAGCGCUUGUUUGUAUGAAACCCGAAUGCGUGUGUGUGUGUGUGUGUGUGUGUGUGUGUGUGUGUGUGUGUGUGUGUGUGUGUGUGUGUGUGUGUGUGUGUGUGUGUGCGUGUGUGUGUGUGUGUGUGUGUGUGUCAUCGCAGAUCUCUCUGCUUGCAAGGCUUAAUUUCAUACAUUGUACUGCGUUGCGAUUUAUUUUAAUACAGCGAUGCACUAACAGGGAAAUCUCAGGUUUUUUUUCUUUCUUUCUUCUUUAAAAAAAAAAAUUAAAUAAAUAUAUCUGUCCUAGAGAAAUCCUUUAAAUUAGUUCAUCUGGUAAUAUUUGGACAUCCUCGGGUAAUAUACAGUGGUUUUUGUUGCAUU